UGUAUUUAGGUAGAGGCUAAGCUUCUCCUUUUCGAGCGGAAGUAGAACCCCAAGUCACUUCCUUUGCAAUAGGGUUGCUGUUCAAGAAAGCAACAAAAUGGCUCCUAAGGGUCCAGUUCAAGCUGUGCAAGUGUACGGACGCAAGAAAACAGCUACAGCUGUUGCUCAUUGCAAGUCAGGCAGUGGGUUGAUUAAAGUCAACGGGCGACCCCUUGACCAGGUUGAACCUGUUAUCCUGAGAGCAAAGCUUGAGGAGCCCGUUCGUCUUCUUGGCAAAGACAAAUUUGCUGGUGUUGACAUUCGAGUGAGAGUGCGAGGCGGUGGCCAUGUUGCUCAGAUCUAUGCCAUUCGUCAAGCAAUUUCAAAGUCUCUUGUAGCCUACUACCAGAAAUAUGUAGAUGAGGCUUCCAAGAAAGAAAUCAAGGACACCCUGAUUCAAUACGACAGGUCAUUGCUUGUUGCUGACCCACGUCGCUGUGAGCCCAAGAAGUUUGGAGGUCCUGGUGCUCGUGCAAGAUACCAGAAGUCUUACCGUUAAACAGCUUUUGAACCUGUUUCAAAUGUAAUAAAAUGUGGACCUGUGAA